CGCUCGACUCCUCUCAUCUCGCCCAUCAUCAACUCAUUUGCUAUAUACCCAAACAUGUCUUCCUUUGAAAACCAAGUCGUCAUCGUCACAGGCUGCAGUUCCGGCAUCGGUCUAGCCACCACAAAUCUCUUCCUCUCCCGCGCCGCAAAAGUGUUCGGCAUCGACAUCCAGCCCUUCUCCCACACGCUGCCCGCAGACCACCAAUCCGCGUUUGAAUUCCACCAAGUGGACCUCAACAUCGCCAAGGCGACGGAAGAUGCGGUCGCGGCGUGCCACAUCAAGUUUGGCCCCAAGAUCGAUGUGCUGGUGAAUUGUGCGGGCGUGUCGGAUGGGUGGUCCAGCGCGGAUACGUUGAAGGAGAGCGAGUGGGACCGUGUGAUUUCGAUUAACCUGACGAUUCCCGUGAAGCUGAUGACGGCGGUUUUGCCGGCUAUGAAGGAGGCUAAGAGUGGCGCCAUUGUCAAUGUGUGUAGUAAGGCUGGUGUCGCGGGUGCUGUGGCGGGGAUUGCGUAUACGGCGAGCAAACAUGGCUUGGUCGGUGCGACCAAGAACGUAGCAUGGCGAUUCCGACAGGACGGCAUCCGAUGCAACGCAGUGCUUCCAGGUGGCGUGAACACUAACAUUGCAUCAUCCGUCAACAUGGAGUGUUUCGACACCGAAGGCUUCAAUUCCUUCUUCCCAAACAUCCAGACGCACCUCGGCAAGUCCGACGGCCAGCCCGUACCCAUUAUUGGAACCGACGACGUGGCUCACGGGAUCGCCUAUCUCGCCUCGAGCGAUGCAAAGAUGGUCAACGGCGCGUUACUGCCGAUCGACGGGGCGUGGUCGACUGUGUGAGAUAAUUGAGGGCAAAGGUUGUUGUAUUGUUAAGUUCGUCUGU